AUGUCACUAUCAAUACCGAAUGCGCCAAACAGCGGCCUGUUCAAGGCCGGCUACCAGAACUACGAUGCCGAAGAUGGCGCAGUCGUGCGCAACAUCGAUGCAUGCCGAACCAUCUCAGAUACAGUGGCUACGUCGCUAGGCCCCUACGGACGCAACAAGAUUGUCAUCAACCACUUACAAAAGAUGAUCCUCACCUCAGACGCCGCCACCAUCCUUAGAGAACUCGAAGUCGUGCACCCCGCUGCCAAGUUGCUGGUCAUGGCCAGUCAACAACAAGAGGCUGAGAUGGGCGACGCUACAAACAUGGUCAUUGUGCUGGCUGGAGAAUUGCUCAAGAAGGCCGAGGAGCUGUUGCGCAUGGGUCUCAAGACCAGCGACAUUGUCGUUGGUUACGAGCGUGCUGGUCAGGAGGCCCUGAGAGUGCUGGAGGAACUCGAAGUCGACCGUGUCAAGGACAUGCGCGACCAGGAGGAGCUGUCCAAGGCUCUACGUACCGUCAUCGCCGCCAAACAGUCUGGACACGAGGACGUUCUUGCCAACCUGGUCGCCGAGGCCGUACUCGCCGUCCUGCCCAAGAACACCUUCAACUUCAACGUCGACAACGUCCGUGUCGUCAAGAUCAUGGGUGGCUCCAUUGAGCAGUCCCGCGUCGUCAAGGGUAUGGUCUUUGGUCGUGAGCCCGAAGGCACCAUCAAGAACGUUCAAAAGGCAAAGGUCGGAGUCUUCAGCUGCCCCAUCGACAUUGCACAAACCGAGACCAAGGGCACCGUGCUGCUCAAGAAUGCUCAGGAGAUGCUCGACUUCACCAAGGGCGAGGAGUCGCAAAUCGACCAGGCCAUCAAGGAGCUGCACGACUCGGGCGUCCGCGUCGUUGUAGCCGGCAACUCUGUCGGUGAGCUGCCCAUGCACUACCUGAACCGCUACGGCAUCCUUGUCAUCAAGAUCAUGUCCAAAUUCGAACUCCGCCGCCUCUGCAGAGUCGUUGGCGCUACCCCUCUUGCCCGUCUCGGUGCCCCCAUGCCCGACGAGAUGGGCUCAGUCGACAUUGUCGAGACCAUCGAGAUUGGCGGUGACCGCGUAACCGUCUUCCGCCAGGAGAACGACACCACCCGCACGGCUACCCUCGUCCUCCGUGGCGCCACCCAGAACCACCUCGAAGACGUAGAGCGCGCCGUCGACGACGGUGUCAACGUUGUCAAGGCCAUCACCAGAGACGCCCGUCUCGUACCCGGCGCCGGAGCCGCUGAGAUGCAACUCGUCGAGCGCAUCUCCGCUUUCGCAGACAAGACCUCUGGUCUCUCACAAUACGCCAUCCGCAAAUACGCAGAGGCCUUUGAAGUGGUACCCCGUCUCUUGGCCGAGAGCGCCGGUCUCGACGCCACCGAGAUCCUCGCUUCCCUCUACACUGCCCACAGCGCAAAGUCGUCAAAGGACGGCAGUGUCUGCGGUGCUGGUGUCGAUAUCGAGAACAACAAUGGUGAUGGUGUGCUUGAUGCUCAAGACGAGGGUAUUCUUGACUUGAUGGUCUGCAAGCAAUGGGCCAUCAAGCUUGCUACCGAGUCUGCCAGAACGGUCCUCAGUGUCGAUCAGAUCAUUGUUGCUCGCCAGGCAGGUGGCCCCAAGCCGCCGGGUCCCAACCCCAACUGGGACGAGGAUUGA